UUUUAUUUUGCUGCUGGCCACUCAGGCUUAAACCUCAAGACAGAUUCAGCUCUGCCUGCAGUGCAGAGUCAGCUUAGUGGGAGGACUGUGAACUGCCCAAAAAUACAGUCAGACACCAGAGCUACUAAAGUAGGCUUUAAUAACUGACUAAGAGGACAUCAAGUACAUGCGAGGAGGUGAAACCAGUUUGAACUUUCCUGAUGGCUCCUUUCGGUCGGUUGGUCCUGCUGCUACAGCUCCUCAGCUGCAUAUCAGCUGGUCUGGCCUGCUUUUGUGAGCACUACCCCUGGGGAUCCUGGUCUGCCUGCUCCAGAACCUGCAACCACGGUACACAGCACAGACAGAGGAACUUUCGGUAUGAUGAUUAUUACUGGAAGAACAGCUGCCAUCAGCUGUGUAAGGGACACGACAGCAGAGCUUGUAACGAGCAGAGCUGUCCCAUCAACUGCCUGCUGACAGACUUUGGGCCUUGGUCGGAAUGCUCACCCUGCGCCAAGAAACAGUUUCGGACGCGGUCUGUCCAGAGGCCAUCCCAGUUUGGUGGGUCGGCCUGCAGUCCGGAGCUGACAGAGGAGAGACCCUGUUACCCCUCCACAGAGUGCAAGUUACCCACCAUUGACUGCAGAGAUGACUUUAAGUGUGACAAUGGACGCUGCAUCAACUCGACACUGACAUGCAACAGGCAAAACGACUGUGGAGAUAACUCUGAUGAGAGAGACUGUGUUGACUUCAAAAUUGUGUGUCCGGCAGAGAAGAGAGUGGCCCCCGGGGCUGACCUGGUGGGAAAUGGGUUUGAUGCUCUAGCAGAGGAGCCGAGGGGAGCGGUACUGGACAACAUGUUUAUGGGAGGAAUUUGCAACUUGAAGAGACCUCGGAGCACGCUGCUCUACCACCGCAUCCCCCACAACUUUGAGAGCUUUGACAUUAAGGUUGGAGUGCUGGAGGACUUCAGCACCGAGCCCCAGCCACUGCACAGCGAGUCCAUUGAUGUGAAGAGCUCUUCUUCGUCUGAAAGCAGUGACGGACAUCAAGGAAGCUUUUUCCUCCCCUUCAUUUUCUUCCCCAUUUUCUUCUACAAUGGGAGGUAUAGGACGCAAAUCACCUCCAACAACGAGGCUUUUGAAGCUUCAAAAAAAAUUGACUCCAAGUUUUUCCGGGUGCACCAGGUUCUGCCAGUUUCCAAAUUCAAGGUGAGGGAGCCAGAAGACCUUGUCCUGUCUCAGCCUUUCCUCCAGUUCCUUCAUGCUCUCCCUCUCGAGUACAACUAUGCCCUCUACAGGGACAUCUUCCAGCGCUUUGGGACACACUACUACAGCUCAGGGGUACUGGGAGGUAUCUAUGACCUGUUGUACCAGUACAGCCGAGAGGAACUCACAAGUUCAGGUCAGACAGAAGAGCACAUCACAGGCUGCCUGAGGCGAGACACCACCUGGAGCAUCAUCCUUUACAGUGAACAUAGCAGUGUGACCCGAUGCUCUGACGACAGGAUGACUGAGAAAUAUCACGGUUCAUACAUUCAGGCAGCUGAGAAAUCUUUCUCUAUGGUGAGUGGAGGUCGAACCAGAGAGGCAGCAGCUUUGGCCUGGGAGAGGCAGGGCCCAGCUCCGGACCGAACUUCCUACAAGAACUGGGCCAAGUCUGUUCUUGACAACCCUGUUGUGGCUGAGAGCAAGGCGCUUCCUAUCAUAGAUCUGGUUCGGGGGAUCCCAUGUGCUGCCACAAAGAGGAGACACCUGAGGAAGGCCCUGCUGCAGUACCUGGAUGAAUUUGAUACCUGCAAAUGUGCUCCCUGCCCCAACAACGCCAGGCCAGUUCUCUCUGGCACAGAGUGCAAAUGUGUUUGCCAAACAGGCACAUUUGGAACUAACUGUGAAAAACGAGCUCCUGACUACACUUCAGAGGCAGUGGAUGGUUACUGGAGCUGCUGGGGGCCGUGGAGUAGUUGUGGAGCGUCAAUGAAGAGACAUCGAACGAGGAGUUGUGAUAACCCUGCUCCCCUUAGAGGAGGCAAACCCUGCACGGACGCAAGCAGGCAAGAGGAUCCAUGUCACAUCUCCAUCUUCCAAAGACAGGAGACCUGUGACAACGAUAACGAUUUCACUGUGGGCUGGAGAGACGAGCUGCCUCCUGGUGUGCAGGGCUGUCUUCGGCCACAGAAGCCAGCCUACAGCUUCCUCCGGAAAUCAAAGCAGUAUUAUAACUUUGGUGAGGAUGAGGAGUUCCAGUGCUUCACUGGAUUUGACCUGGAGGGUUUUCAGUUCAUCAACUGUCUUCCUGAUGGGACUUGGAGUCAGCCGAAUGGAAGAUGCGUCAGGAAAGUAUGCCUUCCUCCUGAAAUCCCUGACAGCAUGGUGCUGGUCCCCAGCAAAGAUGAGUACAAAGUAGGGGAAUCAUUGGGAUUAAACUGUAAGGAGACUCGCCUUUUUCCACUGCCAAAAGGCUUCUACAAAUGCGGCAACAGUCUUACCUGGGAGCCUCCAUUGCCUGCUGACCUGCGCUGCUCUGAUGAGGAGCCGUUUGUGCCCGAUGGUCAGUGUCGUCCAGGUGAGAUACGACAAGGCUCUCAGUGUGUCUGUAUUCAACGAGAGAGCUGCCUUUCACAACCGGAGAAUCUCUGUAUCCUGAAUGUUGACAUCGGUGCUGCCGUGCCAAUGUCCCUGUGCUCCUUCCAUGCUGGGCGUUGCCACCAUGAUCCGCUCUUCUUUGUUAGCGAGGGUGCGUGUGAUGCAGCUGAUUCAGCCAAAGUGGAGUGGGCCAAGUUCAGAGCCGCAAUGUCCACAAAGAGCUCUGUUCAGGAACCCUGCGAUCUCGAUACCUGUUACGAGUGGGAGACCUGCUCUGCCUCUAAGAAGUGUGAAUGCAAAGCUGCUCGGGACUGCGCCAGAGUUGAAAAGCACAUGUUCUGUGUGAAGCUCACCAGGACCCAGAGGACUCGAAGUUUGGACCUUUGUUCUAUGGCCGCCCUCAAAUGUGCUAGCUAUCAGUUUGAGAUUGUCAAUGAAGGGGUUUGUGAGUCCAGAUGAUCCUCCUAAAUCUUCCCUGUGCAGUUUAAACUCAAGCUCUGAAUUCAUCUAACAGUAGUAUGUUUAGAAAUAUUCAAACACUGCUGGAAAGAGUAAAAUGAUAACAUGGUUUAAAACACACUAACAGUCAACUAGAAAAUUGUUGUUUCUUUUUCAGCUGCAUGGUGCACUAGAACCAGUAAGUUAGAGACAUUAGCACAUCUUUUACUAUGUUAUUAUUUUAAAAAAUCAGAUCAUAUUGAAGGAAAACUAGACUGGAAAGCAGCUGUACUGGGGUUCAAGCACUCUACGCAACUCAGAACCAUAGACAACUUAUGGGUGUGAAAAGUGAAGCCAAUGCUGAAGUGCCUUUAACCUGCAUUCUUUCUAAUGGCCAGCAGAGGGUGACUGCACUUUUCAAGCUCAAGUGCUGUGACUACUGUGUUAUAGACAAACCACUGCUAAAGAAUGUCCUCAGGUUCUCAGUCAGAGUCAAUCAUAAUAGAGGCGUUGCAGUGUAUGUUCUCCCCAACUCCACCACAUUAUUCAAACAUUCACCAUGCAAAUGAGAACUUAUUUUGUUGUGUAUGUUUGGAUUUUCACCAAAUUUGGGACGACAAUACUAGAUUACAGGAUUAUUGGAUCUGAUACCAAAAUGCCCCUUAAUGUCAGAUUUGUGCCAAAUUUGGUGACAUUUCCACAUGGGGAUGUUCAUAUCAUAUUUGUGACAUCUGGAGAAUGGAUUGGUGACCUGAAGCUAAAAAAUAUUAUUGAAUAUUGAAAAGUGUGUGAUGGCAUAAUCUAUUAUUGGAAUACAUACAGAAUUUAAAACUUAAAUCUUGGAGUACAAACUGGAUAAACAUACAAGAUUUGGUGACAUUUGAACGACUAUUUGACAUUAAUUAAUAGAAAAAAUAUGUUGCAGUGCCGAAUGUGUUGGCUUUGUAAUAAUUCUGGCUUUAAAAAUCUGAAGCACAUUGAGGGUUCUACACAUAUGUGUAUAUGCCAUUUGGAGAUUUUAUUGGUGACAUGUUUUUCCAAAACAUUGCACCAUACAAACAAAAAUCAACACAGAACAAUAAUAUCAUUUCAUUGGUUUUUUUUUUUGUAUAUUUUGACACCAAAUUUAUCAAAAGUGUGUUUCACAUAUUUUGCAAAACAGUUUUUGUUUCUGCACUCCUAUUUAGCAGGCUAAUAACAAAGACAAUUUCGUGACAGCAGAGAAGUCUUGUGGUUACUGCAGAAAGAAAGCACACUCACAUACACAACACACUCACAUAACAUAUAUUUUCCAGUCAAGACUGUGAUGUUGAAAAUUGUUUUUAACCUGAACUGCUCUUAUUUUAAGCAUGUUUCACUGACUCACUCCCUAAUACAAUAAAUCAAACCAUAUGUUUAUUGCUGACCCAAUGUGACCUUUUUUUUUUUUUUAGCAAAGGCAACAGACAUCAGUCAGUGAUGUCUAAUUACAGGCAUAGAGUGGAAUAUUUACACUUGUUUAACAUGCUUCACAUGUAAUAAUAAAAACAUAAUAAUAUA